AUGAUCGGCGUGAUAUCGUAUGGAAACAGGAAACGUGGUUGCAGUUGCUUCACUAGUAAAAAGCGUGUUCCCAGCGGAGGUAAUGCCGGUGGUAGACGUGCGAGAAAAACACGACAUGCACGAAAUCGUGCAGCGGUAAUAUCAAAUGGUAAAUCCGGUGCUGGCCAUGAGAGAGCAGCACUAGUGCCGAUCAACUGUGGCAGCGUCGAGCUGACGGAGGCGAAAACGGUACGAGCAAACUCGGCGAAAACGAAACGCCACCGAGCAGCGAGACCAGCAACUGGCAGGCGUAGCUCAGUGUCAGUGACAGCAGCAAGUAAAAAACAAGAACAAGUACGACGACGAUCGACGAGUUCGGCAAGUUUGGCCGAUGGUGGUGCUUCUGAUAAAAUGUGCGAAAAUAAUCCCGUUCCAUCUGGUGGAGGAGCUGGUACGGGUAGAAAACGAGGUCAUCAGCAUCACCCCCGAUUCGGGGGCAGCCGGAAAUCGAAUGUACCAGCGGAGGACGUGAUUGCAGCGCUUAGAGGUGCCUUCGACGGUGGAGCAAAUCUACCUGCCGUGCUAUUUUCGACGGGCGUAACCGGAGUCCGAGGAGAAGGAGGAAGUAUUAGCAGCAGUUCGUCAUCGUCGUCACUGCUGAUUGGCAACGGUACGGUAAACACAGACAUAAUCAUCUGUAGCGACGAAAAUGCUAAUCCGUUGCAAAAUGUCAUCCGAGCGGGGGCGGAUGAGGAGAAAGAAAAACAACAAACACCAAUGCUAAUCGAUGCUGAUAAUGACGACGAAAUGGUAAGCAGCAACAAUGACGACGAUGUUGUAAAUAAUAAUAGCAGCAAUCUGGGCCAGGAUCUCAAUGCGGAAGAGGAACCGUUUCUCGAUCCCAUCGAUAUCAUUGUGGAGGGUGACGAACGGUUGACAGAGCCAAGUGAUGAGUUGGUUGAUCAACAACAACAACAACUGCAACAAAGCAACAGCAAUAGUUUAGUUAGUAGCGAUCUAAGCAAUAGCACUACCAGCAAUGUAAUAGUAAUAGACGACGACGAUGAUGACGGAGGUGGCAGUGCUGCUAGUGGGGAACCGCUGGUAAUAAAGCUGGACGAGGUGAGCAGCGGCCAGGAGCUAGUCAAGCAAAUCAGCAAAAAACUGAAACGUAGCAAAAAGAGUCCGUCCUCGGAUGAUUCCAGCAACGCUAGUGUUAGCAGGAAAAAAUCUAGUAGUAGUAAGAAAUCUUCCAAAAAUUCCGACGGAACGGUUGGCGGCAGUAGCAGCACCGGAAAGCAGCGGAAGAAAAUCCGUACGACGGCCGAUGGGUCCAAGGCGGCACAACGGGAACGUGCAUCGGGCGAUGGGGCACCGUGUGACGGUGGUGGCACCGAUAGCGGCUUGGGUGAUGACAACGAUCCGGAUGCGGCCGAGUGGGCGAAACUACGCUGCACCAGCGAGCGGACGGAAGUCAUAGCCGAGCGGGAACAUCGGAGGCAGAAAAGAUGCGCCGACUAUCCGGGACUGGCUUUCGGACGAUCCAUUUUCAGCUCGGACACAAUGAUGAAGUUCAACAUCAUCCGGAAUGAGCUGCACAACAUCAUGAAGACACAGCUGAAACGGGCCGAGUCUGAGGUCGCCGCUCUGAACCGUCGUAUUCAGCUGUUGGAGGAAGAUCUGGAACGUUCGGAAGAACGUUUGGCUUCCGCCACAGCGAAACUGUCAGAGGCUUCGGCGGCCGCUGACGAGAGCGAACGUGCUCGCAAGAUUCUUGAGAACCGUUCCCUCGCCGAUGAGGAGCGCAUGGAUGCGCUCGAGAACCAGCUGAAGGAAGCCCGCUUCAUGGCUGAGGAGGCUGACAAGAAAUACGAUGAGGUCGCUCGUAAAUUGGCCAUGGUUGAAGCCGAUCUGGAGCGUGCCGAGGAACGUGCCGAAGCCGGUGAAGGCAAGAUCGUCGAGCUUGAAGAAGAGCUGCGCGUUGUCGGUAACAACCUGAAGUCGCUGGAAGUGUCGGAAGAAAAGGCUAACCAACGUGAGGAGGAGUACAAGAACCAAAUCAAGACCCUCACCACCCGUCUAAAGGAGGCUGAAGCCCGUGCUGAAUUCGCUGAGCGUUCCGUUCAGAAGUUGCAGAAGGAGGUCGACAGACUCGAAGACGAACUAAUGCACGAGCGUGCCAAAAACAAAAUGCUCCAGGAGGAGAUGGAAGCCACGCUGCACGACAUUCAGAAUAUGUAAGAGACCGGCGAAAGACAGCGAAAAGCGGGUUCGUAAUUUAGAAGCAAUCGUCGCCCAUCAAAACAAACACACACAUACAGAGUAGGAAAAAAGAGAGAUGGCGGAAAAGAUGGACCCACUAGUCCUCGGGUGCCGUUAAAAAAUCGUUUUCUUCUUCUUUAUACUUCUGCAACACCAACAAAUACGAGCAACAGGAAAUUUGUACUUCGUCUCUGCGCGUUGCUGCUGUCACACUUGCUAUCGAUGAGCUGUUGUUUUCGGGCAAGAACCAACAAACCUACAAAAUAGAACAAAAAAGUUGCGGAAAGCACCUACCGCACGUGUCCGGUAGCUCUCAUCCGUCGCCACCGCACAGAUAUUGCUUGAAACAAGAAGAGGAAACAUCAGUAUAAUUCCAAACAGAGAUUUACAGUACAUUCCAACAGAGCAAUUUUGCGCCAACAACCAUCAAAAGACAUUUUUUUCUUUACUUUAAUUUUGAAAAGUGGAGUAUUAAUUAUAGAUAUCAAUCAGUUUUCAAAUUUUAGGAUAAACCCUGUAACCGUCGGUUACUGUUACAAUUAUAUUACGAUGUACCAACCACCUAGGGGAUGCAAUGUAUUAUUAUUUGUCUGCCUUAAAUUUGUGCCCGAUUUUUAACGAGUCUUCCGGAACAGUGUUCGCUUUAAACACAGUUGAACCAAAACGCAAAUUGAAUCGAGAUGUGUACAGCAUUUAAGACCACUGCACUGCACCACGAAAAAUCAAAAGAAAUGAAUGCAUUUAACUACACACAGCUGCACGGGAAAAGCAAAACGAGUUUAGCGUACGUGUGUCAGCAAUUGAGCAAAUAUUAUUGAGUCGAUCAAUAAUUAACCAAUAAUAAUAAAUUGCACAAAACAAGCGCUGUCGCUGCCGCCUGUAGCGAAACGUAAGAGUAAUAAGCGUAACAGAAGAAACAGAUUCAGAUUAUAGUUAGCCUAGGGUUCUAAGUAGUUUCAUACUAGCAGAGUCGAAUCGAUAACACCGCCGUGUUAUGGACAAGAAAAAAAAAACAGGAAAACCAAGAAUUAACGAACAUUUCAUCACGAUUUGAUUUGACAUGUUAGAAACCAUGUUGUUUACUCUCUCAUUGCUUUCCUUUCCGCGCUUUCUUUUGCUUCUUGUAGGUUCUUUCCUCUCAAGUUUUAGUUGUUUCGUUUCGUUCUGCAAUAAGUUAUCCGUAUAUAUUUUUUUAUUAGAAAGGAUGAGAAACAGAUGAAAUGAAGUAAUUUAUGAACAAGCAGUUUUUCUUUUUAAAUAUUAAUAUUUUAAGAAACAAAAUGAGAUAUUCCAGAGACGAAGAAAAAACUGUAGACGGUGAAAAAUUGAUCGGAAGAAGUAUCGGAAACGUGCGGUUACAGUGCCUUUUGGUUGCCGUAGAGCAACAUUUUUUCCGAUCGAUUUCGAGCCACAUUUGAAAGCACUUGAAAUUGUGUGGCAUAGCCAUUUUGAGAGUAUUUACUUUUUUUUUGUGUCAGAAACCUAAAUUAAGCGACCGAGUAAGUUUUAAGAGCAGUGUAAAUUUUAUUCCACAAUUUCAUUCCACUCUGCGUACGUAAAAUGCUUUACAUUCUCGACAGGGUUAGCAGUUCUAAACGCCGCUGAAUUGGUUCCGUUCCGGUGUGAAUGUACACCAUAUCAAACAAACAUAAGUUAACGUGUCGAUCAUAGAAUUCAUACAGUUUUAGGGCAAACAGCGGAAUUAACACCAACCACAACAACUACAACAACAACAGCAACUACAAUAUCAUAUUGAGUGUUUAUAAUAAUAUAUUAUUUUAUUUAAAGCCGAGUUUGCGUGCGUUUUCCUUCUGUGUAAAUAUGGUUUGAACUCAAUGUCGUAUUCGUUCUGUACCAUUUCCUUUCUCUUAUAUUUAUUGCUUCUGUUAUGCUUCUUUCUCCUCCUAAUCUGCAUUACUUUCGACAAACAAAAAAAACCAAUAAACCCGAAAACAAAAACUAACAACCAUCAAAAAACGACUACCUCCGCUGCGCACGAAUGCAAAAACCAAUUGGCAACCGAAAGACGAA